AUGAACAAUUCCGUUUUUGGAAAGAAAAUUGAAAACUUUAAGAUAAAGAAAAAUGUCAAGCUUGUGACAAAAUGGGAGGAGAAGUAUGAUGCAAACGCUCUAAUUGUUAAGCCAAACUUGCACAGCUGUACAAUAUUUGAUGAAAAUAUAGUCAUUAUUGAAAUAAACAAAACGAAGAUUUUCUUCAAUAAGCCUAACUACAUUGACUUCACAGCCCUUGACACGUCAAAAAUUAUCACAGACGAUUUUCAGUACAAACAUAUUCUAUCAAACUUUGGAAAUUCUGCGAAAUUGUUAUAUACAGAUACAGACAGUCUGAUCUAUCAAUACACUGUUCCCAACUUUUACGAAUAUAUUAAACAAGACAUCCAUAAAUUUAAUACAUCGGAUUAUCAACCAGACAAUGUUUACGGAAUUCCUCCAAAGAAUAAAAAAGCGUUGGGACUAAUGAAAGAUGAAUGCAACGGAAAAAUAAUAACUGAAUUUGUGGGCCUGAGAUCAAAGUUAUAUGCAUAUAAAGUCUUGGGGGAACAAGAAGAUGAAAAAAAGACAGCCAAAGAUAUAAAAGGAUCAACAUCAAAAACCAUAACAUUCGAUGAUUAUAAGCUGACUCUCAUUUCUUGUCAGAAUCUGAUUAAAACACAACACCUAAUCUGA